AUAUAUCCAGAGAAAAUGCCACAAAAAUAUGAGACAGGAUAUAAACAUACUAACUUCACCUUCAUUUGUCUUGUUCUCUUUAGAUUAAAAUUGAUAUAUGUUACGUCAUGUUAUAAAAUGGAGUGGAUAACUAUCUUUUAUCUGGUAUUUUUAUAUUGUGUUGUAAUCUUUAUCCUUGUUAUCGUUCCUGCAGCUUUCAAUAUAUCACUUGGUGUACGAGAAAGAUACGUAAAUUUGCUUUUAAGAAUAUUUGAGUUUGGUUAUCAACGAAUUCGUGAAAAUAAUGUUUUAAAUGAAGCUGCCAGUGGUAUAAUUGACCACAACCCAGAAACUCCAAAAUCUCCUGUUCCUCGAAAUAUGUCUUUUGAUACUUUGCAAAAGCAAUUUCGUUUAUCUGAUGUUUGUGAGUUUGCAACAUUAGGUAUUUCGUCUAUAAUUGAAGAUGAAGUUACAAACCGCUUUGAUGCAGCAGAACUGCCAUCUUGGAACUUAUUAACACGAACAAAUUUGAAUUAUCAGUUUAUCAGUAUGCGGCUUACCAUAAUAUGGAUGCUUGGUUUUGUGGUUCGAUAUUGCAUUUUUUUGCCUGUAAGGUUGACAUUAACUAUCAUCGGGUUGACAAUGUUGUUAUCAUCCAUGUCCAUUCUUCCUCUCAUACCUGAUAAAUCUCUUCGCAAGUGGUUGUGCAAAUGGACAACGUUGUUGUCAUUUCGAAUUGUCGCCAGAGGAUUCUCUGCAGUAGUUCGAUUCCAUAAUAAAGAAAACAUGGCAAAGGGUGGAGGUAUAUGUGUUGCUAAUCACACUUCGCCAAUUGAUGCUAUUUUAUUAGCAUGUGGUCGAAAUUAUGCAUUGAUUGGACAAAUGCAAGGAGGAAUCAUGGGUACUGUUCAGAAAGCUUUGCUAAAGGCACAAGAUCAUAUUUUUUUUGAACGUGGUGAAAUGAAAGACAGGUUACUGGUCGUAAAAAGGAUGAAAGAACAUGUUGAAGAUCCAGAGAAAAAUCCAAUAUUAAUUUUUCCAGAAGGUACUUGUAUAAACAAUACAUCGGUAAUGAUGUUUAAGAAAGGAAGUUUUGAAGUUGGUGGAAUAAUUUAUCCAGUAGCUAUCAAGUACGAUUCAACUUUUGGAAACGCGUUUUGGAAUUCCAUGAAAGAACCUAUGGCUGUCUAUUUACUGAACAUGUUAACUAGUUGGGCAAUUGUUUGUGAUAUAUGGUAUCUUCCUCCCACUCAAAUUAAGGAAGGAGAAUCCUCUAUACAAUUUGCGAAUCGUGUUAAGAAAGAUAUAGCUCGUCAGGGAGGACUUGUAGAUCUUGUAUGGGAUGGUGGUUUAAAAAGAGCUGCAGCGCCUGAUCGUCUCAAAGAACAACGACAACAGGAGUUUGCCACCCGAUUGAAAACUGAGUAAAUGAUGAACCUGGGAUCCACUACCAUCCAUCAAUAACUUGAGAUCACGUUAAAUUGUUGUUUUGUGCAUCAAUGAAUGGUGGAAGGGAGAGUUUAUCUUCAAAACAAUUCAGUCACGUGACAUUGGUUGUUGCUUCGGUCGUGUCUAAAAUCUUUGGUGUUUACAUAACAGUAUACGACAGUAUAGCAACAUUUUUAAUUUCCCGAUAUUUUUACAAGGAAAAAAAACAAUUUAAAUAAUUUAUGGUGAAAUUUUACAGUGAGUGAUAGGCUACUAUGUUAUCCAGUUCUAAUAUUUUUUAUUUUGCAUACACGAAGAGAGCUUUA